CGUGGGGGAGAGUGGUUUGUUCAUCUAAUACAAUCCCGAGACGAAUUAGGCAGCUACCUACUACACGCUACACACGUGUACGCAUCCCAUUUGCCAUCUCACUAACUAACGAAUAUAAUAAAGAAAAAAAAACAUAGUUAGUUAAAGUAGUUGACCUAUACACACUUCCUUCGUUCCCUCCACUUUUGUCUAUCUAUAUAACAAAUCCCACUUCUUCAUCACAAUCCACUUCAAACCCAAACCUCAAAAGAACAACAAACAAAGCUUUUAUCGAUCAACAAUGUCGAAGAUCCCGGUUGUAACCAUUGUCGUGGCCUUACUCGCAGUGCUAGCUUUGCCGGCUCGCAGCCAGCAACCGCCGCUUAGCCAAUGUACGCCGUCUAUGAUGACCACCGUUGGACCUUGUAUGAGCAUUUUAACCAACAGCAGUACCAACGGAACUUCACCUUCCUCUGAUUGUUGUAACUCGUUGAGGUCUUUAACUACGGGAGGAAUGGGAUGUCUCUGUCUUAUUGUCACAGGAAAUGUUCCUUUUAAUAUUCCGAUUAACCGUACAACCGCCGUCUCUCUUCCACGUGCUUGUAACAUGCCUAGAGUUCCUCUUCUGAACGCCAACAUUGCUCCAGCUGCUGCUCCUGGACCUGCUGGUACAUUUGGACCGGCCAUGUCUCCAAGUCCAGCAACAACUCCAAUUGUUCCAGAGCCAACGCCAGCAGCUCAGACACCACAGUCUGAUACAACCAGACCUUUUACACCAACCGUGGACGGCGCUGCUCCUACGUCUGAUGACGGAGGAAGCACCAGUCGACCAUCUGUUACUCCUUCGUCCUCCUACGCUCUCUCACCAUCCCUUCUCUUCCUUGUUGUCAGCCUCGUAGCUCUCGAAUUCUACUGAUUUCAUUGUUUUUUUAAUUUCCUCUGUCUUCAUCCUCAUGUGAUUUGAUUUAUGCAUCUCUCAAACCAUUUAUUGGUCAUUUCUUUGUGGAAUAAGCUUGUGUAUAUUUUGUUUUUGUGUGAGAAUUUUUACUUUGUAUACUGUCUGAAGUAAUGUAUCAUUUGCUUGAUGCUCAAUGUUCA